AUGAACUAUGAGCAGGUGUGGCUCACUACCUCUCUGCGCGGUCUUGUAGACGGUGUGCUGCAUGUAGAGACCCUUUCUGAGGCUAUGCACAGCGGUAUCGCAGGUGGCGUUGUGCCCGAUACCUUUCGAAUUACCCGUGAGCUGGUGGACCGACUUGAGGAUUCCAAGACAGGCCAAGUGAAGCUCCCGGAGGCCCAUUGCAUCAUCCCCGAGAAUGUCGUCAGAGCUUUGGAGGUAAUGAACGAGGUGCACUUUAAGGAGCAGUUUGCGACCCUUCCCGGGGUAUCCUUAGGCCAGGUCGACAACAAAACGCUGGCCCUACGAAACUUCUGGGAGCCUAGCCUCACCGUUGUGGGGACUAACCUCCCGGACCCUCUGGUGGCUGGCAAUGUGAUUCGCACGGAGACCGCCGUGAAGCUAUCGCUGCGUACGCCUCCAACUGUCGAUUCGGAAGUAGUGUUAAAUGCCAUGCGCAGAGUCCUCGAGGAUAGCCCGCCUUACAAUGCUAGAGUUCGGUUUGAACCGGGGAACAAUGGCAACGGGUUCUGCAUGCCAGAGUUGACGUCAUGGCUGCAUAAAGCACUCGAUGAGGGCAGCCUCCUGGCCUUUGGAAGGACUUAUGCGUGCCAAGGAAUGGGUGGCUCCAUCCCGUGUGUUGGGAGGCUUAUCGAGACCUACAAGAAGGCUCAGUUUAUCGUGACGGGGAUACUUGGACCCCAGAGCAAUGCGCACGGGCCCAAUGAGUUCCUCCAUAUCGCUUUUGUGAAGGGAUUGACCUUUGUUAUUGCGCGAGUUAUUUCAGAUCACUUUAAAAAUGUUCCAAGAGGAUGA